ACAGGCCAAAAGAAAAGAAACCAGAAACGAACUGUUUACGGACAUAAACAAGUCGAAGACACGUGUUGUCGGCUGUCAACCGCCAAGAUAGAUUCCAAACGAGUAACAGUGCCAAUUCUGUCUUUCGAAGACACAUUCCCCGGCUCACCAUGUCCCAGUAUCGGCGAAAUCUUGGAUACCAUGAUGUACGAAUCGCCAAUCACGUUUGAAGCCACAGAUUCGGCCCUGGCGGCGCCAACAAGUCAUCCAGUUGAAACGAAAGUGCUCAGCCCCGUCCGGUUGGACUUGCCGAGUACUUAUGGGUUGACCAGUACGUACAUGCCCGAGUACGACCAGCAGACGUCGGGCACAGACGAUUCACAGCCGGAGUGGCAAACCAGCACGGUGAAAUCCGAAGAUCUGGCAUACAGUCCGGCAAGCAGCGACGGUGACAGCUCCUUCGCCCCUCUAACGGUCGUGGAAUCGCCAACGUCAUCGACGGAUUCCCAGAUCCCCCGAAGGAAAUCGUUCGGUAAGGGCGGGAGGAAGAGGAGCGUGGAGAAGGGGACCCAUGAAUACGUGGAGAAACGAGCGAGAAACAACGUGGCCGUGAGGAAGAGUCGAGCGAAGGCGAAAGAGAAGCAGAAAUCCACCGAAAGCAAAGUGAGCAUUCUCCUCAGCGAGAACGAAAAACUGCAGAAGAAAGUAGACUUGCUAACCAAAGAGCUAAACGUGCUGAAGGGACUAUUCAUUAAUGUCGGCACCGCCAUCCCGGACAGUUUCGCCAAGCUACUGGAACAAUGAUGAAAGUUACCAUUCCAGGAUCGCGGGACCGCCCUCCUGGAAUGAGCGCGCCCCUCGACUCGAUUCUCUCGAUUGUGAUUGUGACAGCGCAGGCCUUCCGUUUUGUGACGUAGAUGCAUGUAUUGUUCUGAAAGUGAUUUGCAGUGGACGUAGUAGUGUCGCCUGGAACUGUAUCCAUGGUAACAGUUUUAUUUGUUUUGGUGACUGUAGAAACUGUGACUUUCGCUACUUUCGAUUUGGAUGUCUGAACUGUCACGACGAUUUCGCACGGACCUUUCCUUCUCAUAGCUUCAUAUCUUUCUUCCCCCAGCACCUCAUCGUAACUGUCAUCUCCGAUACAUAUUUUGUUGAAUUGUUCCUAUUAUUAAAUGUUAUACGUUUA